GAUCUCGAGCGAACGGCGUGGCGUUAGUCGGCGCACGAUGCGCGUCGUGCGCUUUUUCGUUUCGUGAUUCGUCAUUCUCUUCGCUCUCUUCCGCGUUCCCUCCUUAACCACCUACCUGCGUCGCCGUUUUCGCGUCCGCAAGCGAGCGAGCGGACGAUGUCGUCGCGACGUGUUUUCAUAAAAGUUCAAACGACGAUCGCGUUAAUCGAUAUGGAGUCGAUAUCUUGCAUCGGAGAGAACACAGACUGUGGGCCUUAAGUCCUAAAUAAUUCACAAGGAAGAUGAUCGAUUGAAAUAUGAACAUUUCGAAAUGUCCCCUAAGAGUUGCGCCUCGGAGCGUGUAACUUAAGUGACGCACGUGACUGCAAUGGACGAUUUGUGUAUGGAGUAAAGGGAUGAAAAGGGACGGGCGUGGACCUUAGGACAAUUUUAAGAGCGAUAUAAUUUAUGAGAGUCAAGUGAUGCGCAAACGCAGAUUGAACGAUUUAUAAUAUCCGAUACAUCCUGUUGUUGCAAAAAGUGGUCUUAAAGCGACUCGGAGUUCUAGAGCGAUGUGGAUAUUGGUUCGAUUUAUCAAGAACUGAAAAAUCUCUUUUUUUCCUAUAGAAUUCUUUAAUUCGUUCAAGGACGAUAUUUAAGAUUCGACUUAAUAAUCUCGAAUGCGAAUGAACACGGAGGAGUUUUAAUUCGUUGAGGCCACUCGGUGAUUUGUGAGCGAUAUUUAUUUUUGCUGCAAGAGGACAAACCUGAUGGUUAGGUCAUUACCAACGCGAAAAAGAUCCUUGGGAGCCUGAUGGCACCCGACCUCGAGAAAAGGCGCCAGGAAUUAAGGAGGGGCAGCAGCGGGACCUUGGACCAUGUCAACGAUUAUCCGGGCAUGCUCUUACAGCUGAGGUGCACAGGCGGCGCGGCAGAUCUUUAUCGACAUGGUAGCAAUGCAGGAGAUGCGUCGUCAACGGUGACAGCAUCGUCCGUCUCGAGAAAUACUGCAGGUAAUCGCGCCCACUCCGCGACUAGGAGGACGGUUACUAAUCAGCAGCGACAGCAGCAGCAAACCCCACAACAACAGCAGCAGCAGCAACAACAACAACAGCAACAAUCAAAACAAAGCAGAUUUCCAUUGUCGUCCUUCGGUGGCGCAAUUGCGAGAAGUUCUGAUGAACACGGGCUUAGGACCGGUACGACGCAAGACGACAAUUCAAACGAUUCCGGCCUAGGUUCCGAGGAACGUCAACAGCACUUCAACAACGUCAAUCUCUGGAACGACGCCGGCGAGGAGGAUUCGAAGAGAAGGAAAAUGGACAUCAAAUUAGAGUCCGAGGACGCAAACUUCGCAUUUCCAGAAGUAGCCCCGGGAACCAGCCCUGACAAUAAAUCACCGACGGUCAGAACCACCGUUAAUGGGAUAGGUUUGGGAGGAGUAUCCAGCAAUAGAUCCGGAAACGCUAACUCCAUAGGCAGAGUUGUGGGAGUAACCAGACCUCGACCCGCCAUGGGUGUGUUGACCAAAAGGACUCCGAUCACUCAUCAGGGACCUGUCACUCUCGUCUCGCAACUAUCCAACGUUUCCGCCGACGGUAAAACUCAACUGCAGAUCGUCUGUCAACCCGAGCAACAGCACCGAGCUCGCUAUCAAACGGAGGGCUCGCGGGGUGCGGUGAAGGAUCGUAGCGGGAAUGGCUUUCCUAUCGUUCGACUGAUCGGUUACGAGAAGCCGACGACUCUACAAGUGUUCAUCGGCACUGAUCUCGGCCGAGUGGCGCCCCAUAUGUUCUACCAAGCCUGUCGAGUAAGCGGCAAGAACUCCACACCCUGUAUGGAGCGGAAGAUCGAUGGCACGAUCGUGAUAGAGAUUGACAUGGACCCGGCGAAGGAUGUUACCUGCGACUGCGUCGGCAUUCUCAAAGAGCGUAAUGUUGAUGUCGAGCAUAGGUUUCCUCAAGAGGCCGGAUUGUUACAAGGAAGAAGCAAGAAGAAAUCCACGCGAUGCCGCAUGGUGUUCCGCACGACUCUCACGCACACCGACGGGACCACAGAGACGCUGCAAGUCUGUUCCCAGCCGAUAGUCUGCACUCAACCACCUGGGAUUCCGGAGAUCUGCAAAAAGUCUCUGACGUCCUGUCCGUGCACAGGCGGGUUAGAACUCAUCAUACUCGGUAAGAACUUUUUGAAGGACACCCGAGUAGUCUUUCAGUUAGACAGCGACGAUCUAUCGAGUAGCAUGGAACCGCCCUGGGAACGCGCUGUGCUACCGGACAAGGAGCACCUGCAUCCGGUACACUUGGUAUGCGUGAUACCGCCUUAUCGCAGGCAGGAUCUAGCGCCGACGGAAACGAUUAGCGUCAGAUUGUUCGCGGUGUCUUCUGGAAAAACCAGCGAACCGCAUACUUUUCUUUACACAGCUGCCUCUACUCCCCCGCAGCCAUCCAUAGGCAAAGUCGAAUCCAUCUCACCCCCGUUAACAAACGGUGACGUUAGCCUGGCGACGUCCUCCGCUGCUGUGCCGUUGACCACGGGCGUCGCAUCCAGUAGUUUAUUAACACAAACAGCCGCGGGAGCUGCAAGCUUUCUGUCAAAUGCACCGGCUCAGUCGCAACAAAGCGCCUCUCCAGAAACUCUGAAGAGCGAUCCCAGUCCACCACCGACGGGAACGUCUCAAGUGACCCCUGUGAUGCUAUGGACCUCAUCACAAUCCUCAAACUCAUCUCCUGAUGUCAUGAUGCCACCCCCGGUGCUUGUGGCAAAUCCUCUAAUGAACCGACGAUCCUCGUCCAAUCUUCAGCUGAUCCUGCCGGAUAACUUAAAAACAGAAGUGCUGGAUGAAAACAGUCAGAAUAGCAUGCUGAGUGACAAUAGCAUGCAAAGCAUUCCGACGCCGACGACGGCUGCAAACGGACCGACGUCGAUCGCCUCUCCCCUUCAGCAGUUGGUCAAUGAGAACUCCAGAGAAGCUGUAUCCUCGCAGGCUGAUAUUAUUAGAACCGUUGCCGUUGCAACGACCAAUAACAGCCCCGUGCAAGAAACUGUGAGUGGUCUUCUCGGAGUGGUGGAUCUGAUACAUACUCAGCAUCCUCUGUCAAUGGUGAAUACACAUCAUCAGACUUCGUUUGGAGGUAUGCACGAGUCAAAUCAAGUUCUUAGUCCUCAUCGCCUUAAGGACACAAAUAGUGUCUUGUCAACGGACAAUAGCUCCAAUGGAGCUCCCCUUCAAGGUGCCGGCGUAGUGGAUCUUCGCAUGAAACACCACCAUCAUCCCGACUUUGGCACGCUGUCGAGUUUCACCGGUGCUUCCGGGACGCAGUCGUUGUCAGCGUCGAACAGUCAUGUGGUGGAAAAGUACCUGAAUCAUAUGGAGUCUUCGGUUGGCACCACCGAGGAAUCUGAUAAUCCAGAAAAUCAGUUCGCUAUUCAACAGCAGCGGGGUUCCAUUAUCUCGGGGAGCGGCCAACAAUCGACGGCUUCCCCGGGAAUUUUAGCCAAAACAGGACAAAGUUCAGUAAAGUUGGAUGUUUUAGUAAACUCCGCAGAACAGAUGAUCUCUCCAUUGCACUCGGUGAAUCCCAAUUCCACCGCAAUGUUGAGCCAAGUGGCAGUAGAACACGAGCCAAUGGGUAGCGGCCAACAAACUAGAACUAGUCCACCGAUUCCGAUGAAAACGAUGAUACUAGAAGCGCUGAUCCAGUCACCGUCACAGACGGUGCAGCCAAUGACAGAGAUUGCGGGUACAACGUCGGUAACGCCUGCAACGACGGUAGAACAAACAGGCGACAGUCUAUUAACUACCAUCAACGCAGCACUAUUACCGCAGUUGCCAGAAACGCAAGUUAACGCGGCAACCGCCACGUCAAAUUCUACGGUUCCUGGCAAUGCGAUGCCGGCAGUCGCGGCAGAUCGUAUGCAGCAACAGAUGCAAGUACUCACGCAACAAGAGGUAGCCGUCAUGCAGCAACAGGUACAACAAGUGGAACAAGUAGUGGCGCAAGCGCAGCAACAAGUUGAACAAGUUGUUGCGCAUGCGCAGCAAGAGGCGGAGCGAGUGGUACAUCAGGCGCAGAAACAGGUAGCCCAGCAAGUAGUGCAGCAUGCUCAUGUGGUGCAGCAAGCAGUACAACAAGUGCAAGCUGUGCAACAAGUCCAAGCGGCUCAGGUAGUGCAGCAAGCGGUGCAGCAGGCGACUGAAGAAGUGGUGCAACAAGCGGUACAACAAGCAACGCAGGAAGUAGUGCAGCAGGUUCAAGCAGUGCAGCAAGCUGUCCAACUGGCUCAAGCGUCCCAAGCUAUGCAGCACGCUGUUCAGCAAGACAUUGGUUCUAUGUUGAACCAACCGGCGGGCUUUGUGGUCGAAGCUAGUUCUGUUUUGGCUAGCGGGGCUGCUCAGGAACCCUCUCAACAGCGUUUAACCAACGCAGCGGAGCAAGCCAUCAACAAUGUCAUCACCAAUGCCACGAAGGAUAUUAUUAACAAUCGGCCGAUCACGGCAACCACUGCUGUUGCGAUCAUCGCCACGAAGAAAAUCCUGAAUACCGUGGCGACUCAAAGCGCGCAGUUGAUGAAUAACACGAUGGAGGUAAUCCUGCCGAAAUCUCCCCAGGCACAAAACAACAUCAUCGAACAGGUCGCCAGCAAAUCGCCACCGCAAGUCGCACUUCCAGUUACUCCAAAUCGCCAGGCUGUGAAUACUCCGAUUUCCAAUCCUGCCGCAAGUACCGCGUCCAACAGAAAGACCGAGGAUGGAAUGUUGCCUCAAGAACUCACCUCCAUGUCGGAACAUGAUCUUCUGAGCUACAUCAAUCCCCACUGUUUCGAGCAGCUUCCUCAAAGCGGAUUUCUCUUGUAGUACCAUCGUGUUUCUCAACAGAAGCAAAGGGGAUGAGUUUUUUUCAACGAAUUUAUUUCCAAAUGAAAGUUUAAAGAAUCUGCCUUCCGUGUCCUGCAUUUGGUGCUAAAUAUAGCCGGCUGGUUUUAAAUUUCACUUGCCUUCUAUUGAAGAGUCUUGAAAACAUUUUAUGGAGCUUAGACUAGACCGUAACUAGCUAAACGUGGGAUACAAGGAUUCAAGAAUGUUUGAAUAAUUGAAACGUCUUGUAGAUAGUUAUACAAUGUUCUUUUUUGGAUCUUUGAGUUGUUUAGAUUUGUUACUGUGCAGGAUUAAUGUUGACUCGGGGUUACAAGGCCAUUGCCUUGAUCCAACGCUGAUAAUUCUAUGCCACAUUUGUAGUGUGAUGCGAAACCCCUUUUAUAGAAGGGAAAGUAGAAGUGCACUAUGUCAACUUUGGGUCUCAGCACAUUUUUCUAGAUUCCUUUUUCAAGUUCUUGUAGUUACGGAUUUUAGAAUUCUUAAUCUCCGAGUUAUUGGAUUUUCUAAUCUCAAUUCUUUCGGUACGGCAGAAUCCAGCUGAAAAACAUUUUUGCUAGACGGACGUAGCACGUUCAGUAGCACAUUUAGUAGCGCAUAGCUACUAUAAUAUGCGCCAGAGGAUUUCGCGCAUUUUUAAAGAAUAUUUUCAUAUACUCUUCAGAUUGGUCAUCCUUCAUGCCGAAAGGGUUAGCAAUUUUAUCCGGUUUUACAAUAAGAUGUUAUUAUUUGAUUAUUUAUUCGAAACAUUAUAAGAAAUUUGUUAAUGACCCAAAGUUUUCAAAGAUACUUCCUGAUAAUCCUGUGAUUCACGGCAAAGAAACGCCUAAGUCCACAGCAGCAGAUCGUCAUAGGUCGAGAACUAUUAACAUUUAAGUAUAAGACGGGCGCACGAGAAAGCGCGACAAAUUCAGAUGUUCUUCUCUUUCACACAUCUUUCUUUCUUUCUUUGUAUGUUGUAUCUUUUCUAUGAAUUGUCACUCUUGGCGAUUCGUUAUUUAUCUUCAACGAUGUAUUAUGCAUCUAGAUACGUCGCAUAUUAUCUUGUGCUCUAUUUUGAUCUAUAUUGAAUUCUUUUUAUUUGCAGGACUCACAGAAUAGUAUGUGAAUAAUGCAAAUGUAGAGAAAUAUAUUGUAAAAUAUGUUCAGAUAAUUAAUUAAUCUUCAGACGUCGCGUUUCAAAACUAAAUCCCAGAUACAGUAUUGGGAUCCAACAAAAGCGUUUUAGAGCUAAUUAAUUGUUUAAUAUUGAUUAAAGAAAUUAAGAAGCUAAUUGAAAAAUACGCGAAGAAGAAUCUGGCCAGUUUAAUUUCUCGAAUCUUGGAAUCUUUAUUUUCAGUUUUUGCAAAAUUUAAGAAGAAAAGUGCCGGAACGGGUGAGAACACAUGCGUAAAUUAUGUGAAAUAUGCGCUGUUGUAAUUAUUAUUGACUUGAUUUCAUUGCGAAAGGAUGGAUCAUCUCGUCGCUGUGGUCUCCACAUGUCUCAAGUAUAUAUUUCGUAUAUUUAGAAUAUGUAUAUUGUUCGAUAAUCGAAGUUAUUUUGUUUUCUUCUUUUUGUUAUCUAGUACAUUGAUAAUGAUGAUAGAGUUACGUGAAUGCAUUAAUGUUGUCAUUACUUGAUACAGGAAUAGCAAAAUAACAGGGAAUGAAAGAGAGAAUGAGAGAUUAUGUUGUAUGUUGAAGUAGUCUAUAUGUAUAGAUAUAUAUAAAUAUAUAUAUAAAAUAUAUAUAUAUAAAAUAUAUAUAUUUUUUACGUUUAUCCAAAGAGAACGAGAGGGAGAAAAAGAGAGAGAUAGAGUAGAGAGCGGGCUAAGUAACAAAGUGAGCUUAUUAAGGAUAUAUGUUCAUAUAAUUAUUAUAUAUCGGAUGUAACUAAAGUGCGUCACGUGGCUUUUUAACGAAUAUACUUUCUUUUCUAUUUUUUAGAUUUCCUAUACAAGUCCUCAGGGCACAUUGAUCACGUAAUCUAAACUCCAAUUUUUGCUUAUUCUGAUUUCGCGCGAACCUUUGAAUCAUAGAACAAUUACGGUUAAACAUUUACAUGAUGAUAAUGCAAAAUUACGUGAUCGCGUCCAGAUUCUUAAUUUUUCGGAUUUUUAAGGUCAACAAACAUCAUUAAAAUUAUCAGAUCAAGAAUAUAUCUAGAUUUUCAGAUUCCUAAAGCCUCAAAUUUAUCGAAGUCUUAAAACUUUUUGUUUUUAACUUUUAACUUGCUAAUUUUUACUCAGGAUCCUAGAAAAUCCUAGAAAUAUAUUAUUCUUGAAUUUUAAGUAUUACUGAUCUAUAUUUCUAGAUGUUGAAAAAUUUUUGAACCAUGGACUUUUUUGAGUUCACAUUGUUUCAAUAUUUCGCACUUUAGCGAUAUCCCGUGUACGUAUAUCGCGACAUCGAAUUUUUCGGGGUAGUCCCCACAUGUUCAAGACGAGCGGUGCUAAUAUUCGCCAAGAUUAUGUAGCUAGUAGAAGAGAGAGAGAGAGAGAGAGAGAAAAAGAGAGAUUUUAUAACGAAAAAUAUAACGAAACAUUUAUUGUCGCGACAGCCACAUGUCCUUUGUAGCCAAGUAUAUAUAUACAUAUAUAUAUAUAUAUAUGAUAUAUUUUAUAUUGACCGUUAUAAUGUGUCCGUAGUCGCACGCAAUGACUAAUGGUUCGCCUCUACAGGGAAGAUAACUUGUGUACCACUUGCGAUAUGUACCUCGUGAAAUUGUCGUAAACGUGUGCUCUUCUCGUUGUACGCACGUCACUGAUAACAGCCUAACUUCGACAGAAAUUCGUAACAAUGUAUCAUUAUUUACUCCUGUAAGUUUAAUAAAUGUUUCACAAUGAUA